UCCCUCACACACUGGGAUGGACUGCAAUACUUACGAGCUGGAAACCCUGGACGUCCCUCCUCUUACCCCGACCAGUAAGGAGGUCCUCAGCCAGGCAGUGAAGGCCAGUUUUGCUGGCUUCACCCAGGAGAGAAUCAACCAUCACUUUCCACAGGAUCCUACCUUGUGGUCUGAGUGGGAGGUGAACCACUGGCUGGACUGGUGCCAGGCUGAGUUUGGUCUCCACUGCAUGGGCUCAGACCUGAGAGGCCUGCAGGGUAUUGAGCUGUGUGGUCUGGACCGAGAUGCUUUCCUGGGCCUGAUGUCCGACUGCACUGCGGGGGAGAUCCUGUGGGAACAUCUGGAGACAAUGAGGAGAGACUAUGUUCAGGAGCUUUCGGACAAACAAAGUUACCAUAUUGAGUAUCAUCCCACUGAAAGGAUAGACCUCCACACUCUUGACCUUGUGACUGUACAACAUCAAGACUGCUAUCUGAUCGAAACAGAAGAUCCCAGCAGGAGCAAGGCCUCUCCUGCUCUGCGUCACGAAACAGGAGGAAAUGUGGAGACAGACUCAGAAGUAGAAAUUGCUCACAGUGACGAUUCUGACAUUGUGGGCUCCCUAUCAUGGACUGCUCCACUCCAGGAUAUAGACCCAGUCAUGGAAGAGACCAUGUCUGAAGAUGUCUUUACUUUACCACAGCCACACAGGAGCUUCAAAGAAUACGUAGGCAAAAAAAACGAUCUGGGCAGAGCUGUGAUACCAGCAGCCAUCCUCGCUGGUUACACUGGAAGUGGUCCUAUUCAGCUCUGGCAGUUUCUCCUGGAGCUUCUGACAGACCGCAGCUGUCAGUCAUGUAUAAGCUGGACAGGGGAUGGGUGGGAGUUCAAGCUGACGGACCCUGAUGAGGUGGCACUGCUGUGGGGUCGGAGGAAGAACAAACCCAAGAUGAACUAUGAGAAGCUGAGUCGCGGUCUGCGCUACUACUACGACAAAAACAUCAUACGCAAGACGGCUGGCAAACGCUACGUCUACCGCUUUGUCUGCAACCUGCAAGGUCUGCUGGGAUAUGAGCCUGGAGAGUUGCAUGCUAUGCUGGACAUCAGUAGCAAGUAG